AGAACCAGAAGUGACGUAGCCUUACGUGACGUAACAGGAAGUAAGAAACGUACACAACAAAGAUGGCGUCUCCCAGCAAGGCAGCGGCGAGCGAGGCACACGUGGGGAAAAAGAAGAAGAAGCCUCCAGCUCGGUACUGGCAGGAGCCACGGGAGGAGGAGAAAGACGGAAACAAAGUGGGAAAAGACGAAGGACGCACUGAAUCGGCUCUACAGCAGGAGCAGCACACGAAACUGAAACCUAGGAAAAGGAAGCAAGAGGAGGCUGGAAGUGAUGGAAAGGAAUUCAUAUCAGGGAAAUCAGACCCUUUCCCUGGUCCUGCUCCUAUUCCUGAAGACAGAGUGCAGAAGUUCAAGAGGAAAGAAAAGACUAAAAUGCCUCGCCCCAAGCAUCGCAAGCUGAGAGACAUGAUAGUUCGCUCUGAUGAAGCUUCAGAAAUGGCCCAGAAACAGGCAGCCCGGCUUGACCUCCUACUCCCAGAGGAUGCUGGGUUUCUAGAAGGAGAUGAAGAUGAAGACACGUGUACUAUCUCUCAGGAAGAUAUCGCAGAUGCUGUGGAUAUAACAUCUGGAGCAAAGUAUUUUAACCUGAAACUGUCUCAGUUUGGACCAUAUCGGCUGGAUUACAGCAAAACAGGACGUCACCUUUUGCUUGGUGGGAGAAGAGGCCAUGUUGCUUGUAUCGACUGGCAGUCCAAACAGCUGAUGUGUGAGAUUAAUGUGAUGGAGUCUGUCAAUGAUGUAAAGUGGCUCCACAGCGAGACCAUGUAUGCUGUGGCUCAGAAGAAGUGGCUGCAUAUUUAUGACUCCAAUGGAAUAGAGCUCCACUGCAUCCGCAAAUUCAAUGACGUCCUUCGUAUGCAGUUCCUCCCCUACCACUUUUUGCUAGCUACAGCGAGCGCUACAAGUUUCCUGCAGUACCUGGAUGUGUCUGUGGGGAAGGAGGUGGCGGCCAUCUGCACCAAGACCGGUCGGCUUGAUGUGAUGUGUCAGAACCCUCAUAACGCCAUCAUCCACCUGGGACACCCCAACGGCACAGUCACACUCUGGUCGCCCAACCAGAAAGAAGCCCUCGUCAAGAUGCUCUGUCACCAGGGAGGCGUCCGCUCCGUCGCUGUGGACAAGACAGGAACAUACAUGGUAACAUCUGGAAUGGAUAAAAAGGUGAAGGUGUACGACAUUAGAACCUUCAAGCCCCUCAAGUCCUACUUCCUCCCAGCCGGCGCUUCCUGUUUGUCUCUGAGCCAUAGAGGGCUGUUGUCUGCAGCCACAGGAGACAUCGUUCAGGUGUACAAGGAUGUGUGGAGCACUCCAGUGACUAAGCCCUACAUGGCUCACAGGGUUCGGGGAACAGUGUGGGGGCUGCACUAUUGUCCCUUUGAGGAUGUCCUCGGGGUCGGACACGGAGACGGUUUCACAAGCAUGCUCGUACCAGGUGCGGGUGAACCUAACUUUGACGCUUUGGAUGCAAAUCCAUAUCGCAGUGCCAAGCAGAGGCAGGAGUGGGAGGUUAAAGCCCUGCUAGAGAAGAUCCAGCCUGAGCUCAUCAGCCUGAACCCCAAUGAACUGGGACAAGUUGACCACACCACCUUUCAACAAAGGCACCAAGACAGGGUUCAAGCUCUGGGCUUUGACCCACUUGCCAAAGACAGAUUUACUCCCAAGUAUAAGAAAAAAGGUCGUAGUUCUGCUGGCAACAUUGAAAGGCGGAAGAAACAAGUGGCUCAUGAGGACCAGAGGGAUAUAAUCCGGCAAACUGUGGAGGACAAAAUGAAGAUGGAAAAAGAACGACAGGAAAAGGAGAAGAAGAAGGCGGAAUUAUCCGGCCAGAAAUCUGCGCUGGACAGAUUCAAAAAAUAGAAAAGGAGGGCCUUUGUGCCACCCAAACCCUGUGACAUUCUGUGGGAGUGACCCUUUGAACUUCAUAUAAAGGACACAUUUUUUUGGACACAUUGCUCCACUGUGAGGACAAAACACAAACGGACGAAAUUCUGGAUUUAGUCUGCUAAUAAGGACAGAUUCUGAUGUGGAUGUUUAUCUGUAAUCAAUGUUGAGUGCAGUGGUAGGGCGCUUCCUGUCUACAUGGUUGCAUAAUGUGAACAUGAGGUCCUGUGGUUGGCAUGGGUGUUACUUAGCAUUUGUGUUAACAAAUAAAGUUUUACUCUUUUUUUGACCUUUUCAAAUGGA